UUCAUAUUAGUUCUCUCACCGAAUAAAGUUAGGUUAUGAUAAAAUUUUACUCUUGGAAGGAGUAAAAACAUUGAUUUAUUGUUUCACUUGAAACUAGUUGGAAACAGGUAUUAUUAUGGGUGAUAAUAUUGAAGAUAUUGCAGUUAAUGAUACUGAUUUAAAUGCCAAUAAUGAUUUGGUGACUUCUGGGGAAGUCGAAACGUCAAACGUUGAAGACUCCGUAAACUCACAGAAUGAUCCAGUUAAUGAUGAUAUGUGUGACAUAUUAGAUUCUACUACGAAUAAUGACACAGAUGUUUUGGAGCUAUCCGACUCUCAAAAGGACUUAGAUGCAGAAAAGUCUAAUGACAGUGAUGACUGUGAUGAGUCUAGGACUGAACGAGGGAAAUUUGUAUCGGAACGUGUGACAGAAUCAAAUAAUGGGAGUGAUGUGGUACCCGCCAAGAACGUGGAACGUGUUCACGGAGCAAGAAAAAAAAUAAACCCGCCGCCCCAGAGAAGAAAUAACUUCUACAAUAAUCACAAGAUGAUGCACAAUGAUAUGCGCCCUCGUUUCAAUCAGCACAAUAGAUUUAGAAAUCCCCUAGAAGGCCCCAGACUGAGAGCCAAUCACGGUUUCAUGCAGCCAAACUUCAAUCCUAAUGUACAGUUUCAACAAAUGCAGCAAAUGAAUGCUGGCGUUCCAAUUUUUGCCAAUACCAGCAAUUUUCCUAACAUACCAACCAUUCCGCAGUAUCCUGUGCAACAGCAGUUCAUAAUAAAUCCCGGUACUCCUUUUCAAAAUCCUUAUAUAAUAAAUCAAAUCCAAUUACCGCAACAAGUCGGGAACGUGCAACCCAUGAUUCCAAAUCAACCGAAUUGUGGUUUUGCGCAAAUUCCGAUGCAAAUAAACAAUAUGCCGAUGCCACAAGGUUUUGCCUUUCAACAACCUGCUAUGAGUGCACCGAUACCAGCUGGUAAUUCAUCUAAUUUCAAUUUAGCCCCUCCAACCAACAGUACUAGUACCAAUAAUAACCCUGAAUCAAGGAAAGUGCUUAUUAAUCCCCAUUUCAAGGGGAGGAUUAAUGUGCAGGAGGGUAUUAAUAGGACAAUGUUGGAUGAUAUUGUGUUGUUGCGUCAGCAGGAAGAAUUCAUUAAUCAAAAUCGUAAGAAUUUGCAGAAGCGUAUGCACUCUUCACCUCGGUAUUCUGAAUCUCCGGAACCGGAUUACAGGCCUUCACUUAAAUCGAGGCAUAUGCAAUCCAGGUAUCGAUACAAGAAGAAUCAGGAUCAUCGUGAUGAUAAUAGUAAGGCGGAAACGCAAAAGAAAAGUGCUCCAGUUGAAGAAAUUGUUGAAGACAAUGAAACAAAAGAGUAUCGAAAACGGGUCGAGGAACAGCGUAAAAAAAGGGAAAUGUUUCUGAAGCAAAAAGAGGAGCGAAGAAGAAAACGUAUGCAAAAGCGUGAAUCGAUGGAAGUCGAUAGUACGGUAAAAGAACCUUUAGAAAACCCAGAAACCCCUGAACUGCAUUUGGACGAAAGUAAAUUUAAAGACGACAGUAUUCACAAUCGCCUGAACAAGCCCGUGCAUCUUACUGGAGUCCUAAACCUUAAAACAGGUUUGAUUAAACCAAAGUCCAAGGAUGCUGAUACUCCCAAAACCCCUGAAGCACAAACUAGUACAACACCUACCAAAGUACAAACCGUAGUAGAUUCUAAGAAAGAUAAUGUUAAUAGUACAAGUCCGACGAAAGUUAAUAAUGUAACUAACAUAGAUUCUAUUACCAAUGAUAUAUCAGUACCAAAGCAGGAAGUUUCAAGUCCCGAUGUAACAGAAUCUGUAUUAGAUAAACCGAUGGCACCUAAGGCUGGUUUCUUAGGAAGGCGGUUAGUCAUUGCUUCCAAUACAUCGAAGCACAACAUUGUUGUCCAGGCAGAAAAUCGUGAGCCGGCUGAAGAGAAACCUGCAGUUAGUACCGGAUCUGGUAUUUUUAGCAAAGUUGUCGUCAAUCAAGAGUUGAGUGAUGAUGAUGAAGAUCUCAGUUUCCUUGAAGAAUCGUUUUGAAGACGUUUAUUCCAAAUAGUGAGUGAUAAUUGUACUAUACAUUUGACUUAU